AAACCCGGGAUCGGAGAAAGAGAGAGAAACCCGCCCGGGCCGCCCCUCUUCCGUCUCCAACUCGUGCGUUUUUGCGCAAGGCUUCCCCCGCCGCGCCCUGCUCCAGCUGCCUUUCCCUGCCUUGGCUAACGCCCAGCGAGGGAGGAGUUGCUGGGCCACGAACUGGCGGAGACGGGCGGCGAGGAGGGGGUGCCCGAACGACGCUCCUGCGCCGAAAAAAGCUUCCCUUACCCUCUCCUCCGGUGUAAAAGAUCCCGGGGCCUUUUUACUCCGUCCUAGGCCGAGGGGACGCUCCGGGGCGCAGCUCAGCCUGGAGCCCUAGAAUCUCCUGGUGGUAUCUCAUCCAAGCCUUAGCCAACCCAACCUGCCUUCAAUUAACUCAGGGAAUUUGAUCGCUUGGAUAAUCAACCAAGAUGUCGGAAGAGAUCAUCGUCCCAAUUUAUUGCACCGGGAUCUCAGCUCAAGUUCAGAAGCAACGGGCCAAGGACCUGGGUUUGGGGAAACAUGAGAACGCAGUCAAGCACUUGGGCCAGGAUUUUGAGACGCUUCGCAACGAAUGCCUGCAGAACGGGAGCCUCUUCAGGGACGAGACUUUCCCCGCCACGGCCUCUGCGCUGGGUUUCAAAGAACUGGGGCCAAAUUCUUCUAAGACCUACGGGGUCAAGUGGAAGCGCCCAACGGAAGUGUGCCGGAACCCACUUUUCAUCGUAGAUGGUGCCACGCGGACAGAUGUUUGCCAAGGAGCUCUGGGGGACUGUUGGCUGUUAGCUGCCAUCGCAUCCCUCACGCUGAAUGACCCCCUUCUCCAUCGCGUGGUCCCCCACGGACAAAGCUUCCAGAACGGAUAUGCUGGUAUCUUCCACUUCCAGAUCUGGCAGUUUGGGGAAUGGAUAGACGUGGUGGUGGACGAUUUGCUCCCGACAAAAGACGGCAAGCUGGUGUUUGUUCAUUCUGCCGAAGGAAAUGAGUUCUGGAGCGCCCUACUCGAAAAAGCUUAUGCCAAGUUGAAUGGCUCCUAUGAGGCCUUAUCUGGAGGAAGCACCUCGGAAGGGUUUGAGGACUUUACAGGCGGGGUGACCGAGUGGUACGAUCUCCGGAAGCCUCCCAGCGAUCUCUUUCAGAUCAUUUUGAAAGCCCUGGAGAGAGGAUCUCUUAUGGGAUGCUCCAUUGACAUCACAAGUGCAUUUGACAUGGAAGCGGUCACUUUCAAGAAGCUGGUGAAAGGCCAUGCUUACUCGGUCACCGGAGGUGAGCAGAUCAACUACCGAGGACAGCGUGUCAGCCUGAUCCGGAUACGAAACCCGUGGGGAGAGGUAGAAUGGACGGGAGCCUGGAGUGACAGUUCUGGAGAGUGGAAUGCGGUGGAGCCGGCUGUGGGGCAGCAGCUGAGAGUAAAAAUGGAGGAUGGGGAGUUUUGGAUGUCCUUCCAAGAUUUCCUGCGCGAGUUUUCCCGCCUGGAGAUCUGCAACCUCACCCCCGAUGCCCUGAAGUCUCGCAGGUUCCGAAAAUGGAACACCACGCUGUACGAUGGCACCUGGCGACGAGGGAGCACAGCCGGAGGCUGUAGGAAUUUCCCAGCCACGUUCUGGAUUAACCCGCAGUUUAAAAUUCGCCUUGACGAGAUCGACCACGAGGACGAAGACGGGCGGAGGGAGCCCGGCUGCAGCUUCCUUCUGGCCCUGAUGCAGAAGCACCGUCGCAAAGAGAGGCGGUUCGGGAAGGACAUGGAGACCAUCGGCUUUGCCGUCUACGAGGUGCCCCCGGAGAGCAAGGGGCAGCCCUCCGUCCACCUGAAGCGGGAUUUCUUCCUGUCUAACUCGUCCCGGGCUCGAUCGGAGCAGUUCAUCAACCUGCGGGAAGUGAGCACUCGUUUCAGGCUGCCUCCCGGUGAAUACAUCGUGGUCCCUUCGACUUUUGAGCCCAACAAGGAAGGGGACUUCGUACUUCGCGUGUUCUCAGAGAACAAAGCCGGCACAGUGGAGAUGGAUGACCAGAUCCAAGCCAGCCUUCCCGAUGAGAAAAUACUUUCGGAAAGUGAGAUUGAUGAAGGCUUUAAACAGCUGUUUAAGCAGCUGGCAGGGGCGGAUAUGGAGAUCAGCCCACGAGAACUGCAAACCAUCCUCAAUAAGAUAAUUGGAAAACAUAAAGACCUGCGCACAAAAGGAUUCAGCUUGGAGUCCUGCCGAAGUAUGGUGAACCUCAUGGAUAAAGACGGGAAUGGAAAACUCGGCUUGGUGGAGUUUAAUGUCCUUUGGACAAAGAUUAAAAACUAUCUGGCCGUCUUCCGGAAGUUUGACUUGGACAAGUCAGGAAGCAUGAGUUCCUACGAAAUGCGAAUGGCUCUGGAAUCUGCAGGUUUCAAACUUAACAAGAGACUCUACGAGUUGAUCAUCACUCGCUACGCGGAGCCCGACUUGGCCUUAGAUUUCGACAACUUUGUCUGCUGUUUGGUGCGGCUGGAAACCAUGUUCCGAUUUUUCCAAGCCCUGGACACGGACAAAGAUGGGAUUGUCACAUUCGACUUGAUUAAGUGGAUACAGCUGACCAUGUUUGCCUGAAAAAGAUACAGAUCACGUCCUGUGCAAUUCUUUGGACUUUUUCUUCUCGCUGGACAUUUAAUUUUGAAAGUGGAGAAGAUUUUUACCUGCAAGUGCCUUGCGCUAAACGCUUUUUGCGGCUUCUGUUGCAAGUAGAGGAAACA